AUUCCCGUCAGGUGUGGGAGGACAGGUAUAUAUACAGGUGGCGGUGAGGGGCGGCCAUAACCCUCACAACAGCCUCACGAUGCGGCUGUGGGUCAUUGCUGCAGUGCUUCUAGGGGCGGUCAGCUACGGUGGCUCCUUCAUUCUUCCGCUAGAUGGAGCGAUCAACCUCCCAGUGGUCAUCGGUCCAGGCCCCCUCAUCGUGGCCAUUUUGUGGAUCCUCAAGGGUAUCGCCAUCGGUGCCUUUUUCAUCUUGACGCGCAAAGUGGUGCCCGUACUGAAUGGCGAGGGCAAGAAGAAAUACGUGCCUGCCUUGCGUGACCCUUUCCAGCGACCCUUACCGAUGGAGGUUGAGGAACCCGCGCAUGCCGAACCCGCCCUCCACGAUGACGCCGCCCCAGACCAAGCCCCACCACCUCAUGGCCCUCCAGAAGCCGCCCCACCAAUCCAAGCCCCGCCAGACCACGCCCCGCCAGACCACGCCCCGCUAGACCACGCCCCCCCAGCCCAUGAACCCGCAGUUGAGGGCCCCGCGGAAGAAGUCUCCAGCUACAGCCACCUUAGGAAACGCUCACUACAGGAUCUACAGACGGAGGGAAUUCUGGGAGACCUAUCUGAUGAGUCACUAGAGGAGGCGGAGGACAUGCUGUGGAACACUGCCCUCAACUGGGACCCCACCGGCUGCUCCCUGAAGCUUCUGUGCCACCUUCAGGAGUUGCCCCAGGGGAACGCCACCAUGGAGGAGUCAGUGCUGGCGUACUUGUUCAGCCACGCCCCCCAGCAGACGCAGUACUGCCUCCAGAGCUUCUCCAUGUGUCCCUUCUCCGGGGGCGAGCUGCGGCACCUCCUGCAGCAGAUCUGAGCCCCAGGGAUCGCUCGCUGUGUUUUGGUCUGGCUGCCUCAGGAACACUCGCGUAUCCUUCUGUCUUCCUCCUCUGUCUGUCUAUCUGUAUGUCUGUCUAUCUCCCUAUCUGUCUAUUUAUCUAUGGCCAAGUUGUAGCGUCGUUCAGUCAAUUAUUCAGAAAUUCUACUAAGUUAUUUAUUUGUUUAUCAGUCAGUUUAUUCCCUACUUCAAAAAAUUAUUCUUCAUUUCGUAGUUUUAUUAAUUUAUUGUUCUGAAGUUCACGUGUGCUUUAGUUGUUAAUAAGUCACUCCUUUAUUUAUUGCUCUAUUCAAUUAUCGUUAUAGCCCAUUUAGUUUAGUUUAUUUAUUACUACUAAAAAAAAAUCUUUCUUGUUGUUUUUUUUUUUUUUAUCUUUUUUUUCUUCCUUUCUUUAUGUUACUUGUGUUGAAUUGUAAAUGUAUUGUGCUACUGUGUGUAUUGUGCUCUUGUCCGUUCGUGUGUGUGUGUGUGUGUGUGCGUGUGUGUGUGUGUUGGUGUGUUUGUGAAAUAUAACUUAUUGAUCACC